CUGUUUCCACUCGGCUCAAUAACAGCAGCCAAACAUGCCCUUAAUUGUGAGUGCAGUUUUGGAUGCUUAAUUAAUUUGGAGCGGCAGAACUGGAGCCGACGUACUGCCACCGUCACAGUCAAUUAGGUAGCAGGCUCUGACACUUGUAACACGAUUCCCACCUCUACCGUUCCUGUACUCUUCUUUCGUGGUCUGGGCUUUCUCACUAGGGAGGACGAAACAAAUAUCACCAGAGUUUUUCAUUUGUUGUUUGGCAAAUAUCAUGCCCAAAGAACUUCCGGGUUUUUAUUAUGAUGCGGAGAAGAACAGGUAUUUUCCUCUCAAAGGCCCAAUUCCGGGUUCUUCUCGUGCCUCUUCAUCUACCACCAAUACUCAAAAUCCAGCUAUAAAGCCGACCCAGGCAAUCAACUUUUGUAGGAAGACUAGAAUAAGAAUUUCUAAGCUGCUUCACGGUAGGGAGUUGAAUGGUAACAUAAUUGAUUUCAAUAAAGGGAAAUGUAGCUUCAUGGAGGAACUCCUAAAGAUACAAGCAUCACAACCCAUGGUUUGGAAAUAUCAGGGAACUGAAAAGAUAAGUGAUGGUGCUUUGGACCAGAUGCAUAUAGAUAUACACACACCCCAGGGUCAAACUGAAAUUGAUGUUUUGGUAACAGGCGGUGUAAAUGGCUCCUUGAGUCUUUUUGAGGUUGGAAAAUUUGGACAACAUUUUGAUAGUGGGGAAAAAUGCAUUCCGGAUCUUGUUAGGCCUGUAGUUGAAGAAAACAAGGCAGAGUGUAGCAAAGCCCCUGGACAUAUUUGGCGACCUGAAGGAGCUUCACUGCAAAUGUCGUCAAAUAUAUCUUGCAUAAAACUGUUUGGAAAGCACCCUUCUUAUGCUGUUGAUGACUGUUUCAGCAUCCAGCAUGCCUUACUAACCACUCUUGGAUCUGAGACAUCUGGUGGAUCUGUUUUUAUUCUUAACCUUGUUGAGCCUUUGGAUCUUUAUUCAAGUACUUCUAUAAGGAGAAUGAUACGUGAGGUUGCUUCUUUCAAUUGCACAAUUUGGACUGCAGAUUGCAACCACAAUGCAACUCUAGCAGCGAUUGGAACCAAUCUUGGAGCUGCUUUGGUCAAUUCAGAAACAGGAACAACAACAUGGACGUGUAGAAGUAAAAGUGAUGUUUUAGCUCAACAGCUUGAUCAGUCGGGUAAUAUUGUUUUGUGUGGAUUAAGAAAUGGAGCAAUUGUGACAGUUGAUGUUCGUGAAAAAAGAGAAGGGUUUUCUGCUAGGCUAAUCAGACAUAAAAUAUCUCAUUCACCUUUGGGCAGAUUUCAUCAAAAUUCUAGUAAACAGUGGUUUGAGCUCAGAGGAAACAUCUAUCCUUCCUACACCCUGUAUAUGCCUUCAUCCAUAUGCUGUUUGGUAUCACUUCAAUCGUAUGAGCAGUACUUCUUGGCCAGCUCUAUGGAUGGAUCGAUUAAGCUUUAUGAUCAUCGCAUGACUAAGAGAGGUGCUGUACAAUCUUAUGAUGGGCAUGUGAACUCUCAUUCUCGUAUACAGCUUGGUGUUGACCAGUCUGAGAGAUUUCUUAUGGCAGGUGGAGAGGAUUGCAACUUACGGCUCUGGAGCAUAAAGUCUGGUGAACUACUAUGCGAGGAAAAAUUUUGCAAUUCAGUCCUCCCAACUGUGAGCUGGCAAAGAGCUGAGGCAUAUGUCAAGAUACCGGAUGAAAAUAGAAGCUAUGAAGAGUGCCUAUCUGGGCAGAAACAUAGUUGGGGGGCAUGGUGUGGAUCACAGGAAGGACUAUUCUAUGCGCAUUGGUCAUGAGUCGGCAAUUGUUCUAAAAUGAGCAUUUACUGGUCAAUAAAACGUAAGAUAGGUAGUGGACUUGUGCAAUGCAAGAGAUUCAUGCCAAUGUGCUGGCAUGUGAAUUUUGUUGAUAUAGGCAAUUAAGUAGAUAUCAGUAACAUUCUUAUUUUGGUUUUGAAGUUUUAUAUGCAUAUAUAUAAGCCUUUCCUUCGUGGCCUUUAAGUAGUACUUUUAAAGGUCACAAUAAAUCUAGUUAAGUAA